UGCUUUCAUAGUGACCUUACCAACUGAUGAUGAUUUGCAGCGCAUAAUCAUGUACGGAGGUUUCUUUCUCAAAGAAAAAAAGAUACAUCUCAAUUUUUAGCAGUGGGCCACUGAAGAUGAGGGACUGUUAAUCCCAAAAGUGUGGUUUAAUAUUUACUCAGUCCCUAAGAGAUUGAGGGAAUUACAGGUGGUGUGGGCACUGGGUUCCAUGAUGGGGGCUCCUCAGCUAGCUGAUAUGGUUGCUUCAAAGAAGAAUGAUUAUGUACGGGUUUUAGUUUCUGUUCUGGACUCAAAAAAUCUGCCAGCGAAACUAAGUGUUGUGAUCGGCGACCGUUGGUUUGAGUUCCCGGUUAAAGUUGAGUCCAUAAUCCCUGGGGUGGAAUCUUUCGUGGAAACAUCCAUUGAUGGGGAUAAGGAUGGCAACACUGGGGAUGGUAAUUCGAUGAGUGGAGAUGUUAUGAGAGAUCAAGAUAAUCAUAAAGAAGGUAAUGGUUCAGCAAACAAUCAGUCAGACAUGGAUAUCGCUAAGGAGCACACUGGCCAAGAAGACCAAAGGGAUGCUGCUUUGCCAGUUAAUUAUGAAUCAAUGGCACAUGAUAUUUUGGAUUUUGUGACUGGGCAACUUUUUGAGGAGAUAGCGGAUAAGGUCUUAGCGGAGGACGAUGGGCCGCUAGUCGCACCUGCCACAGCUGCUACCGCUGACUCCUCCUCUGUUGCUGCUGCUAGCACUCUGCUGGCCGUAGGGGAGGAGCUGCAGGAGGGGUGUGAGGACCUCAGCUUGUUCACUCCUCCGGUAGUACGACACUCGGCAGAGAUGGCUGCAGCUGCCUGUCUUGGGCCACAAAAGAACAAGGUGGACCGCCCGGUUACUCCGGCAGAGUUGUCUCCUGUGGCUAUGCUCGAGGAGCUGCAGGAAAUGCCAACAAGACGCACCAGCAAGCGAAGAGCUAAUUCUCUGGAUGAACAUUCUCUAGAUAGAGCACAAAGAUUGACGGCUAUGCGAAAUUUGGAUGUGCCAAAAGAUUCUUUUCAGGGCCACACACUUGGUAAGGACGUGGGCGAUACUUCACAAGGAGGAGGAUUGGGACACCAUCUCAGUAGCAUGUCAGGCCUUGGAAUCAACUGCUAUGGAGAUCUUUGCGAGGCAUGGGUGGCAGUUUAGAAAUAGGCUUUGCUUUUAAAACUGUUUCCCUUCCUUCUUUGGAUCUGGUGGUGUUUACUUUGUAAUAAGGGCUGGAUAUAACUUGCCUUAUAGAGGCCGGAAUAUGACUAUUCCUUUAUCUAAAAAAUAGGCAUAAUGACA